CAAAAACAAUUGCCCGCCAAUAAUUCCGUGAAAUCUCAAUUAAUCGUCUUAUUUAUUCCCAAUUUCUGUUAAAAAUCAGCAAAAACCCACAAAAAAUCAUGGAAUCCGUUGACCGCAUUAUAAUUCCGUACGAAAAUCGAUCGGAAAUGUUCCAUCACAGCAAAAAAGAGUACAAACAAUAUGCUCACGUCUAUUCCGCUCGAUUGAAAAUCCUCGGGGAUCUCGUAAAAGAGAAGGCGAGCAAAAAAUGGAGCUCUCAUCCCUUCAAACAACUCUUCGAACUGCGAGAAGAGCAACAGGAGACAUGCAUUAUCAUCGGAACUUUGUUCAAACAUCAAGCUUUGAAGCCAAAUAUCUUGAAAGAAGUUGCCGAAGAGGAAGAAUUAAUUGAACAACCGCUCCUCUCGAACUAUGUUGAUGAACAGGACAAAUUAAUUCUGGAGGAUGACUUACAAAGAAUCCGCUUGACGGGCAAAAUUGAGGUUCAUAAGGUAGUAACAGGGGUAGUAUGUGCCGUUUUAGGUUACGUAGAAGGCGAUGGAAAAUUCAUCGUUGAAGAUGUCAUCUACAAUGAAUCAGGUCCUCAAGCUCCUCUUAAGACUUUGGAAGAUGAUUUGUUUGUUAUUUUGAUCUCUGGGAUCAGUUUGUCAAAUAACUCUACAAUCGCCGAACAUUUGGAUCUCCUCAAAUACUGGCUUUACGGAUGCUUCGGCUCAUCUGAAGUUAUGGACCCAAAAUCCAUUGUUCGUGUAAUUAUAGCCGGAAAUUCCAUCAACGCCAUCGAACAAAGUGAUCAAAACGACUUUUCCGACACUUUAUCGUCCGUUCAACAAUUGGACACGUUCAUAUCGGAUUUGACACUUUCCAUUCCCGUCGAUUUGAUGCCCGGCGAAACAGAUCCCACGAAUUUGAUGUUGCCGCAACAACCGUUGCAUGCUUGUAUGCUCCCCAAAUCUCGUGCUCGUGACACUUUUUGCAGCGUUUCCAAUCCUUAUCGGUUCAAGGGGCACGACAGACUGAUUCUUGGUACUUCGGGACAAAAUGUUGCAGAUAUCUUGCGUUUUUCAACGAUUUCUGAUGAGAUAAGUGCCUUGAAAGCCACGCUUGAGUGGAGUCACAUCGCUCCAACGGCACCUGAUACCCUACCAUCGUACCCGUACUACAACGAAGACCCGUUUAUCUUGAAUGAAAUGCCUCAUGUCUACUUUGCUGGCAACUGUAAGAAGUUUGAGACACAAGAAGUGGCUUUGGGAGACGGAAAAACACGAAUUAUUUGUGUGCCAAGCUUCGCGGAGACAAAACAAGUGGUUUUAUUGAACCUAAAAAGUCUGGAAUGUAAACCGAUGUCCAUUAAUUUCGAUGAAAAGUAAAAUUUUUGUACAAAUUUC